AUGAGAAUGUCAAGAAAAACUAAAGUACAGUUUGAAGGAGAAUCUCCUCCAACAAGUGCGACAACAGAAAGCGCUGCUGAUAAAAUUUCCCAUCCUUCAAAUGCCGGAUUUUCUGAUCCACAAGUCGUAGAAGCUCCCGAAGAUUCAACUGAGCAGCAGGCAAAAAAGGCAGAUGACGAGAAGACCGAGCCAUGGAACAUUGCAAAAACAGAACCAAAUAUAACAGAAUUCGCUCUUCCGUCGUCGAAAUCGCAUCGAAAUAGGAUCAUUUUAUGGCACACUUUCAAUAUUCUAAUUGGGGUUUUGUGCGUCGUAUCGAAUGCGCUUCAGUACUUUUCUUUUGCUGAGAUGAAUAAUGAGUUCCAUAUAGCGAGCAUAAGUGAAGAUACAACACCUGGCGGUAGUGAGACUCGCUCUCGAAUACUUGGCGGUUAUCAAAUGGAAUAUAGAAGCUCAAGAAACGCAGAAGAUUUUACAGAGUUCAAAAUCUUGUUCGCGGUACUCCUCAUCCCAGAAUUCUACACAUUUUUAUAUUGCCUCUACUUUGCGAUCUUCAAAAGACCGCCAUUCCCCAAAUUCCUACAGAUCCUAGUAACUUGUGUCACCGAAAUGAUAUACGCCGUUGGAGUGGGGUUUUAUGUGUUUUAUCUUGCACCGGAUAUAUCAAGGACGAUGAACGUGGCGGUCUUAAUGUUUCCCACAGCCGUGCCCUUAGUGUUCUCUUUAUUUCAAGAUAAAACAGUUGAAGAAGCUAAACAAGCGGCGGAAGAAGCUAACGCUGGUAAUCAACAAGUUCAAAUCGAGGAGAAAAAAGGGGUUCUGAAAAAAUGUUGUGAACCAAUCCUUUCUGUUUUGAAAAAAUUCGCCCCUUACGGCCAAUGGAUUUUCUUUACGAUUGGACAUGUGAUGAUGUUUUUCGACACGGACGACAUCGUGAAGAGCUUGUUCGUAAUUCUUUGCGUGAAUAUGAUGUCCGUUCCAAACUAUAUCAACUUUUCAAUUUGCCCGAGUAAUUCUGUAAUUGCAACGAUCCAUUCUGUUGGCCGAGGAAUCAAAAAGAAAUCUCCAGAUUCAGGGGCAAAUCGAAGCCCUAAGAAAUCAGAAAAUAAGAAGCAAGAAGACCCAGAACUUUCGAUCAUCAUUUCGCACCUCUUUGCAACUCCGAUGAAAUGCAUCAUUCUCGCCCUCAUCGUCUUCCUUCCUCACGAUAAUCGGCCCUCAUAUGAGCACCCUGGGGACAACUUCCAGCUCUGGAUGAUCGUUUAUGCAAUCAGCACAGUAAUGACAUCAUAUCUGCAAAAAGUAUCAGUAAAACUUGGCCUUCAAAAAUCUGGUCUAGCUGUAUCCGGAGCCUUAGGACCCCUGAUCGCGCUUUGUGCGGUAUUUUUUCAAGAUGCUACUCGAAUGGAAUCGCAAAUUUUUCAAGGGGAACUGGAAUACGAGAAUGAUCAUUUGCUUUUUACGGAAGUUUAUCCACAAGUCCCUGGUUAUCAGAAUCGAUCACUUUCUGAUACUACUCGGGAAUCAUCAACGAUUGAGACUUCCUUGAUCAUGUCAUUUGUCACCGGGCUCUUGGGGAUCUUGCAUCUACUCUGCCUCACUCAAUAUAUUUGGACGCCGAGAAAUUUCAUCUACCCUCUUGAUCGACACGUGUUUAUGCUUCCUGCAUUUCGCCCCGUUGGAACAUCCACAUUUUCGCUUCUCAACAGAAGAACCAUUGAUAUCAUAGAAGAGCAAGAAAGUGACGCUUUCAACAAAGAGUUCAGUUCUGGAUCGAAAAAGACAACUCGGGUUUCCGGAAGAAAAACGAACAAGUCAGGCAUGUGGUCAAAGGGGCAGAAGAAUCCUUACAUCUUUAUAUGCACAACGUUGUGGCACGAAGAAGAUUUUGAAAUGGCGACUCUUUUGAGAUCGGUGGUCAAACUUCUCCGCCACGCGCGGAUGAAAAAAAAUGAUCCUUCUCAAGAAAAUCAGUAUGAACUCGAAAUGCACAUUUUCUUUGACAAUGUUUUCGUCAACAAACCGACGGACAAAGAAAAAGAAGAAGUCAAAAAGGAUAAACAAGAACGAGAAGAAGUCGAGAAAAGUGAUAAAAAUGAAGAUAAAAAGAAAAGUAAACCGAAAAAACUUCCAACAGACGACUUUAUUGACGCGAAAGAAUGGAUGCAGCUGAACGAAUGGGUAGUUCAAUUUCAAACCGUAUUCAAAGAUGUUCUUUCAAAGUACGAAGAUAACGAAUACAUCACACCCAAAGCGCUCGAAGAAGGAAAAAUCAUCAGAACUCCUUAUGGCGGUCGAGUGGUUUAUAAAAUCGCCGGCUAUGAUUUCGUCAUUCACCUGAAGGACGCCGAACUCGUGCAACGUGGAAAACGAUGGAGUCAAGUGAUGUAUCUCUACUACCUGAUCGGCUGGAAGAUUGAUGCCUGUGAGCUUCGAGAUUCUGAUAAUAUGAGAGUAAAGAAAUCAAAGUCUUUCGUGCUGGCUCUUGACGGCGAUGUUGAUUUUGAACCUGAUGCAUUCGAAUUAGUCCUUGAUCGCUGCAUGAGAAACGAUAAACUUGCCGCUUGUUGUGGCGCGAUUCACCCUAAAGGAUCAGGUUGGCUGGUGGCUUAUCAGAACUUUGAAUACGCGGUGGGUCACUGGCUCCAAAAAGCAGCGGAACAUGUGUUGGGUUGUGUUCUUUGCUCGCCAGGAUGUUUUUCGCUUAUGAGAGUGAGUUAUUUGAGUGAACCGAAUGUCAUGGCGAUGUACAAGUCUCUCGCGCUGAAUCCGAUGGAAAAGCUUCAAUAUGAUCAGGGUGAAGAUAGAUGGCUCUGUACUUUGAUGCUCUUUUCCGGUGGACGAAUAGAGUACGAAGGAUCUUCUCACUGUAAUACCUUUGCUCCAGAAGAUCUUCCAACAUUUUACAAACAGCGGCGGCGAUGGGGUCCAUCAACGACAGCAAACAUCUGGAAUCUCGUUGCUCAACAGAAACUAGCUAGAAGCUCUAACCCGUACAUAUCUGUGCCCUACAUUUUGUACCAAUUCACCGUCAUGGUAUUUGCUCUUAUAGGCGUUUCGACGACAAUGAUGAUGGUAGCGGAAGCAUUUUCUCUUGGAGUUGGAAACUCGAUUCCUAGAUGGGUUUGCUAUUUCAUCGUAAUUUUUCCCGUCGCAAUUUUUACUAUGGCUUGUUAUUUAUCAAACGACGGAGACUUUCAAAUUCAGCUCGCCACCUGGUUCUCGCUUGCAUUUUCUUUUCUGAUGGCGCUUGUGUUCAUAGGAAUUUUUAUAGAGGGCAUGACUUGCCCUUUCUCCCCAAGUUUCAUGUUUUUUGUGGCGAUGGCUGGAAUACACAUAGUCGCUGCGAUUCUUCACUGGGAUUUUUAUGCUCUUCUCUGUGGGGUGGUUUACUUCCUUUUCAUUCCCUCUUGCUUCAUCUUUCUGCAAAUCUACUCGAUCGCGAACUUGAAUGACUGUUCUUGGGGAACCAGGCAAGCAGCAAGCACAGAUAAGAAAGUUGAAAAGACCUUUUGGCAACGGGUUACCGGGAAAAAUCCGGAGCAAAUUCGAAAAGAGGAGGAAGAAGGUCUUGAUGGAACUAACUGUGCUUGUUUGAUUUGCAUGGACUCGUAUGAUAUAAGAUCGAAAGAAGAAGGCGAGAAUAAGAGUCUGUUGAAGAAGGAUGAGGCGAAUACUAAGGAUAAAGCAAAAACUGAAGAGCCUAAAAAUGAAGAUAAAACGAAAGAAAAGAAGAAAAAGAUUCAAAAUAGCGGUAAACUUAAAAGAAAAGCUCGUCCAGAAACUUACUAUGAGUUUGUUCCAACUCGAGAAAGAGAGACUUUUCCCGUUGAAAAAGAAGAAGAUUUAGAAAAGCAGGGGAUAAUGAAAGCAAAGAUUGAGGGAAAAAUAAAGUACGCAAAUAACAAAAAUGAACGACGAAAGAGUCAGCAUCAAACAGCUGUUGGGGAUGAGUCAUCGGCUGCUGAAGCAAGCGAUAAAGUUUUCCUAGAACCAAUAACGCAAGAACGGCUGUAUGGAGGAUUCACCAUCAAAACAUUGAGAUCCCAAGAUGAAAGGCAUUGGUGUCUCUUCAUGAACAACCCUCGCGUGAAAGAGGAGAAUCGCAAAGAAAAGAAACCGAAGGGAGAGUUUAGAAACUGGAAACUGGAGGACGUCAGGGAUAGGGAAAUCAAACUGUAUAAGAAAUUUCAAUCGAAAUAUCUUAGUUGGGUCCUUGGUGAUGGAUCUCCGUUUCACAAAAAUUGCAAGGUUUACACAUUGAGCAAUCCUGAGCAAGAGUUUUGGGAACGAAUGCAAGACCCAACUGAUGGCUUCAUUGGGAUCAAAAAGAAGGGAAGAAACAGCAAAACAGUCGAAAAGCACGAAAACAAAUUGGCUGAGGAAAUGACAAAGUUCAAGGAUGAGAAGUUCAUGUAUUUUAUAUUCAUCAAUAUUCUUUGGAUAAUUGUCUCUUGCACCAUUUUGAAGUACUCUUACUUGCUUGGACAUAUUGAUAUUCCAAUUAAUAAUCACGAGCAGUUUCCUACUUGUGGAAUGAAAUUCGAGGAUGAAGAUGAAGAUAACCAGCCUUGCGAAAAUGAGUCUAUUUGCGACGACUGCAUUCCACUGCCAAAAAUGAGUGACAAGGGUGAGCCAGGGGCCCUCAAAAAGACCUCCAGAAUCCCCAGAAGUGUUUUCGAUAAAAUCGUAAAAGCGCACGGCGAAGAAGGAGAAUUCGCGGACGGAUGUUUUUUCGACUUUAAAAUCGACAUCGUCUUCGAUUGGCUCCUUCAACUGAAGCCGUACUUCCAACAUCCUCCAUCCCGAGCCAAGGCGGAUGAAUUAAUCCGAAAAAUGAUCCAAAAUCCAGGAACUCAAAUCGAAACUGAGUCUCUGACUCGGUAUUUCCUCAUGUUCCGACGAUUGCAGCUGAAGAAUAUGUUCGCGGUUAUCAAGAUGCGAGCAUACAAAAAUCCUUCGGGUCUUCCCCUUCAUGACGAAAUCGAGGAUGCCGAUGAGGCAGCAUCCGAUGCAGCUCUAUCCGAUGCGGCGCCUUCUAGCAGUGCUAGUUCCAGCUCCAUCGAGACAAUCGUUCCCUGCACAAAAGCUACAUUCAAAGAACGUGAACGAGGAAAGAAAAAUGAAAUUAUCAAUAUGGGGCGGGGAAUGCCUGUCGUCUUUUACAAAGACGUACGGCCUCUUGACCCCGCUUCCCGAGAAUUCACGUGGGAAAAGUUCAUCAUGUAUGAAUAUUCAAAGAAGAAGAGUUCUGAGUCUGGGCUUUCAUUCGAGAACCUGGAAAUUUGGAAAGAAAAGAAUAAAAAGGACUCAAACUGUCGCAAGAUAGUUGAAGGAUGGAAAAAAAUGAAGACAACUUACAGUCCACUGGGAGUAAGCGAAAUGGUUCUCACUUACUUCCCGCGCCUUUUGAAAAAACCAUAUGCCCAAAAACUCGAGCAUUUCAAAAAUCUGCUUCGAUCGCAUACGCCCGUCACAAAGGAGGUCUUCGAUAAAAAAGCCUCGUCUUUCGGCUUGGAACAUCAACUCAACUGGGAUACGGAGAAAAAGUUCAAGACCGACAUAAAACAAAGCAUCGACUAUUGGAAAAACAUGAUCCUGGAGAAGCGCGCUACUCCAGCUGUCGGCAGCCAGUACACACUAGACAUUCGAACCGAGUCCAAGAAGAAACGCUCGGCACUGCCCGCCACCGGCCCAGCAGCAAAAAAGAAAGCACUGCCUUAA